UUUGAGGCAGAGAUCUCCACCCAAGAAGAGAGAAGAUUUGGCAAAUCUGAUCUGAUAGGGUUCUUUUCCCCAAAGUUUUAGUUUUCACUCCCUCAGACUCACUUCUCUCUUCCCUUCUAUUCUCUUAGUUCCUGGACUUUCCCUCAGAGCGCUCUGAUGCCUUAGACUUUUCCCUGCUUUUAUUUUUUUGCUCAGGUGCUUCCACUCCUUUUCCAUAAGGCAGGCAUGCUAGCUACCUUCAGUUGCUCCCAUUCUUUUUCCCUCCCCUCCAUCUAGCCAAACUGGUUUGAGUCAGCCCCACCCCCAUCUGAGCUGGGGUUCUUCAGGUGGUGACUGGCCACCCAGCCCCACCCUUGGGCUUGGCUUGGGGCACUUGAGUCAGCUCCAUCUCUACCCAAGCCAAAUCAAACCUGAGGCAGAAGCCGAAACUCAGUGUCUCUCAAGACCUAUAGCCAGGUAAGAGCCCCUAUUCAUUUUUACAUUUUCUCUGAUCUCAACUACCCGGAUCUUCUCCUUGUAUUCUCUCCCAGUGUUCAUAUCUACCUCAUCUGAGUUCGUUCUUCAUACCCACUUCUGCAGCUUUGUGGCACAUACCAUUCUUUGCUUAUCUUGCCUUUUUCACUCUCUAUCCCUCGUUGCUUGUGUUCAGAGAACUGCAAAUGGUUCCAUUUUGUCUAGGAUAUAGGGGAAUAGUUAGAGAUGGUAGAGGAAAGGUGGUUGGGUGCCAGGGCUCAGAAGUCCUGAGAAAUAGGGAGCUAAAUGAUUAAAUGGGGCAUCAUUUAUGCAGGUUUCUGUGUGGGUUAUGAGGUCACACAGACUCAGUAUUAAUCUGAUCAUGCCAUUUGGCCUGGGUGAAAAUGGAAAGAGGAGGUGGCAGGGAAUCAGCAUAAUGAAGAAGACCCCAAUUUGGAGUGGUAAGGUCUCUGGUAUUCAGUUUCUUCAACUAUAAAGAGCUUAGAUGGGUACUUUUCUCCUUGCUCCCAUCCCCAGAACUUUUCACAUGAAACUGCCUCUUUGCUUGAAGUAGAGUUCAGGGCAUAGGGUGCCAUUUUCUGAUUCCUCUUUAAUAUUCAAGGGCAGUUUGAGGAACUUAAGGGAAUUUUAGGGCCGUUUGAAAUAUGAUUUAAAAUUAGACUCGGGAUAGUCUUAUAUUCCUUACAGCUGUUGAGAUUCUGUGUUAUGUUCAGUGUUCACCUGUCGUUUCUUUUCUCCCCACUUGUCAGGAUAGUAAUACAGAUAAUGUGUUGACACUGGCUUGCCAUUAAAGACUUGGAAAGGCUGAGGAAAAAGGAUUCCAACCACACGUUUCCUUUCUUGGUCUAUGAGUCACUAGAGGAAUUUCCCAGUAAGGCAGCAUUCUUGAGAGUCAAGCUAGGCCAUGAAGACAUCAUCAGAGAGGGGUGGAGUCUGAGCAAGCCAGGCCAAGGGCUUAGUGUUGGGCUUAAAAGUACCUUGACUAUAUCGCCCACAGGUGAUGGAGGACAAGGAGAAAGCAGUGGAGAUCUUGGUGAGCAAUACAGAAGCAGCUCGUUCUCCAUCCCCCAUUCGCUGCUGCAGGCUCCGCCUCCGCUACUUGGCAGCUACUAGCAUUAUCUGUGGCUGCUCUUGCCUGGGAGUCAUGGCCCUUGUGUUUGCCAUCAAGGCGGAAGAGCGGCAUAAGGCAGGCCGAUCCGAGGAGGCAGUGCACUGGGGGGCCCGGGCCCAGAGGUUCAUCCUGGCCAGCUUUGCCGUCUGGUUUGCUGUCCUCAUUCUGGGCCCCCUGCUUCUGUGGCUGCUCUCUUAUGCCAUCGCCCAGGCUGAGUGACCCCAGGUGACCUCUGCUGAGAGUCAGCCGGGACAUCCUGGAUCUUGCAAUGCAACAUUGCUAGGUUCUUGUGCCAGCAGUGGUCCUUCCUGGCUGGAAGGAUGGUGCCUCUCUCAAAAGGCUUUGGAAGAGCUCUUCUAGCCUUUUGCAAAAGGAGGCAGCAGCUGAGACUGAUGAGGAGAUUUCCAUCUGCUCUGUUCUUUCAGUGCCCACCAUUCCCUGUUCUCUGCAACGUACCCCAUCCUAGGGACCUCUACCCAGAGGUGGGGUUGAAGACCAGGCCUGAUUUUAUCAUAAUUUGUUUUGUAAUAAAGAUCUUUUUUAGUGGUGAAACGCUG